ACAUCCUGUUCUGUAAUCUGAACCAUUUGAAGAGAGAUCGACUGAAGCUUAUGAACACCACAGAAAUGGUUUUGACGGUUUUUGUUAAAACUCCACAUGGCGAGGUCAUGGAGAUCCACCUGUGCGACACUGAGGAGCAGUUGAAGAGCAUCACAGUGUUGCAGCUGUUGGAGAAGAUAGAAGAGAACAACCGUUCUUAUGAGCCUGAAGGUCUGCGACUGAUCUUCACAGGCCAGCUACUGACUCCCUCCGCUAAGCUUUCUGAAUACGGAAUCCAAAACAAGUCAACCUUUUAUAUGAUUCAAAGAAUUUUGGGAGGAGGCAACAAGGAAGGAAUGGGUGACAAGGAAGGCAAAAACCGAAGUAUGGAAGAACUAGCUAAAUUUUAAAGAGGAAAGUGCUAAAUGUUUGAUAUUUUGAAAUACAGUAAGGAUUACAACUCUGCAGAUUAGGUUUAACCACAUAAGCUUGCAUAAUCACUACAUGUUAAACAGGAUUGUGUUCAGGUAAGGCUGUUUAUUAACAUCCAUUUCAAAUGUAAAAAAUAAAACCACACCUACAG